CUUUCUUUCUCCGCUACUCCCGGAAAUUUGGCAUCCCGUUUGUCUCAUAUCUCGGGCCAGGUGAGGACGCUUCUUUUUCACUGAACAAGCUAGUCUGAACUGAGAGAGUUGCAAGUGAGUAGUUCCAAUGCAUGUCUGGUGGCUCUCCCCAUUCGACCGGCAGCGGCAAAUACCCGCAAGCGUUCUUUUAACAGUCGACCAACGAAGGAGCGAAGAAAACUGACUUCACCGCUUCAAUUUACAGACAUGCAGAUCUUCGUCAAGACCCUCACGGGUAAGACUAUCACCCUUGAGGUGGAGUCGUCCGACACCAUCGAAAAUGUCAAGGCUAAGAUCCAAGACAAGGAGGGAAUUCCCCCAGACCAGCAGCGUCUGAUCUUCGCGGGCAAGCAGCUCGAGGACGGCCGUACUCUUUCUGACUACAACAUUCAGAAGGAGUCCACCCUCCACUUGGUGCUCCGCCUUCGUGGUGGUGCCAAGAAGCGUAAGAAGAAGACGUACACCACCCCCAAGAAGAUCAAGCACAAGCACAAGAAGGUUAAGCUUGCGGUCUUGAAGUACUACAAGGUCGACGACGAUGGCAAGAUCACCCGUCUCCGUCGUGAGUGCCCCAACGAGACCUGCGGUGCCGGUGUCUUCAUGGCCAUGCACUUUGACCGUCAGUACUGCGGGAAGUGCGGUCUCACCUAUAUCUUCUCCGACAAGAAGGCUGGCAAAGCUUAGAUUUGCGUUCUUGCAAUCUGAGCAUAUGUAGCUGUUCAUAUCUGUCAAUCAAAUAUUUUCAGUGGUCUUCUAUGUCUUGUUCAGUGUUGGAAUCUGAAAUGUUGGGGAAACUGGGAGGCUUCCGGGGGUCUUGCGGAGACUUGCGCUUGGAGCGUACAAAAUUUGGAUAUGAGCACGGUGAUAUCGUCGCACCGCUCAUCAUCAACGAAUCAGAGAACC